AUGCAUUUAAGACAGAAAUCUGUGCCAGUUACUAGCAAGACUCUUUUUUACUAAACUGACGGUACAGGAAGAGAUUCAUAUAUAAAAGUUAUCAAUGGUGGGCUACUUCCACAGGAUAGGCUUCAUGAACUUAAACCUAAACCUGUAUCAUCAGUAGAGAGAAUGGAAUUUCAAAAAAAAAAAUAUCAUCGUACUUUACCUCCUAAAAGUGAAAAUAAAGUAGUUAAUUACUACAGCGAUGGAAGCGGAAGAGAUUAUUAUAUAUGUAUAAAUAAUGGAGGAAGAAUGGAUACUUCAUAUCAUUGGAGAAACUAAGUAGAUUUUAAAUUCAACUCUUCAUUACGCUAGUAUGAAAAGAUUCCUCACUCAUUUUAAAGAGAUUUAUGGAGAGAUUCUAUGCAAGGUUUCAGAAAUUAAAAAAAUCCAAGGUAAUUAUCAUCUGAAAAGACUAUUGCAACAGAAUAAAUGAAUUUGACAAUGAGGCUAUCUUAACCUAAGCCAAAUAAAAGGGGAAGAUGCCAAUCGUUCUAAGAAAGAAGUUAAUCAUUUAAAGAAAGAAGUUAGUCUAGAGAUAAAGUAGAAAGCUCUAACUUGAAUAAAAUAGCAGAAAAUUAGAAUGGUAACACAAUGGAUAUAUUAAGAAAUGAUAAAGAAUUUAUAAGAAAAAAAUUAAGCUCAACAGUUAAUAAUUUUAAUGCAAUUAAUAAGUCCUUAAAUAAAACUUUUAAUGCUUCUACUCAUCGUUAAAUUGAUAAUAACCUUUCAUUUUACAAAUGA